GCACCAGUCGCCGGCCGCGCUCCCGAGAAGCCGCCGCCGCCAUUUUGUGCGCGCCUGUGUUCGCCCCCACCCCCGCCCGCCUUUCCGGGGGAGCGGCGGCACCGGGGACGUCCCGACUGUGCUGCCGGUCAGGUGAGGCGGAGCGGAGGCGCCGGGCCGCGCCGAGGGAGCCACCGCCGGCGGCCGCCGCAGCCGUGAGGUCGCGUUGCUUGCAGGGGGAAGAAGCGGCAAGACGGAGCAGGGGGGGAAAAAACCUCCGGAGCUGCCCCCAAACAGGAGGAGGAGUCUCGGCGCCAGGCCCAGGCGCGGCACCGGCGGCAGCAUGGAGAACUCGCAGUUGUGCAAGCUGUUCAUCGGCGGGCUGAACGUGCAGACCACGGAGGCCGGGCUGCGGGAGCACUUCGCGGCCUACGGCACCCUCACCGACUGCGUGGUUGUGCUCAACCCGCAGACCAAGCGCUCCCGAUGCUUCGGCUUCGUCACCUACUCGGCGGUGGAGGAGGCGGACGCCGCCAUGGCCGCGUCCCCCCACGCGGUGGACGGGAACGCGGUGGAGCUGAAGCGGGCCGUGUCCCGGGAGGACUCGGCCAAGCCCGGCGCUCACGCGAAGGUGAAGAAGCUCUUCGUGGGCGGCCUCAAAGGGGACGUGGGCGAAGGGGACCUGGUGCAGCACUUCAGCCAGUUCGGCCCCGUGGAGAAGGCCGAGAUCAUCGCCGACAAACAGAGCGGGAAAAAGCGCGGCUUCGGUUUCGUCUACUUCCAGAACCACGACGCUGCCGAUAAGGCGGCCGUGGUCAAGUUCCACCCGAUCCAGGGCCACCGUGUGGAGGUCAAGAAGGCCGUGCCCAAGGAGGACAUCCAGGCGGGCGGGGGAGGCGGCGGCUCUUCCAGACCCUCCCGGGGAGGCAGAGGAGGAGGAAGGGGUCGGGGCGGCGGCGGCUCCGGCAACCGGGAUCACAACGGGCUUUCCAAAGGAGGCGGCGGCUACAACAGCUACGGCGGCUACGGCGGGGGAGGAGGCGGCGGGUACGGCUCCUAUGGCAGCGGUUCCUACGGAGGCAGCGGCGGAGGGGGAGGCGGCGACUACGGCAACGGGUACGGCGGGUUCGGCAGCUACAGCCAGCACCAGUCCUCCUACGGCCCCAUGAAGAGCGGCGGAGGAGGUGGAGGAGGGGGCGGCAACUGGGGGGGCCGCAGUAACAGUGGACCGUACAGAGGAGGCUAUGGUGGGGGAGGCUACGGGGGCGGCUCUUUCUGAGCUGGAGCGCCCAUACCCAUUGAGGGGGGGGCGUGGAGAGCCCUCCCUUCGAUACGGGGCAGUUUCUAAAUGGUUUCUCCCCUCAUUCGCCGAAGGGCAGCUCCUUUUAAAUGCCUCCCUGCUGUGGGAGCGGCUCCUAAAUGCCCCCUGAGGGUCGCCUCUGCUGCCUGUGCCACUUCUUUCUCUCUGAAGAUGGACUGGGCCCCACAUACACAUAUUUUGUGUUACAGUCAUUGAUGGACUCUAUUUUUUUAUUAUUACUUGGACCUUGGUCGUUUUUAUACUAGCAACGAAAAAUGUCUUGUUUUGAUUUGUUUUUUGAGGGGUGCGGGGUGGGAAGUGUCUUGCUGAUCUGGAGUAAAAACUGGGGAGGGCUAGGGGGGAAUUUCCUUUGUUGUAAGGACUCGAUACCUGGAUACUACGUUUUUUUCUACAAAAGCUACUCGGAUCCCAUGACUGACUUUUAACAUUUCUGUAAAGGAGGAAAAAAUGGUUUUUACGUUUUUUAUUUUUUAAAUAAAUCAUUGUGUUCAUUGACCUUUA